UGUUAUAAAAGCAUGAUGGUGAACUGCUGUGGUCUGAUCACUGCCAACAAGGAGCCAGUUCCUCUGAAGAGCAUCGAGGUGGAGGUGGAGGUGAGAGACCAUGUGGCUACAGUGGUCUCCACUCUGAACUAUGAGAACAAGGAGGACAAACCAGUAGAGGCAGUUUUUGUCUUCCCUCUGCCUGGAGAUGCUGCUGUCUGUCAUUUUAGUGCAAAGAUUGGACAGAAAGAGAUUGUAGCAGAGGUGAAGGAGAAACAGAAGGCUCGUGAGGAGUAUGAUGAUGCACUGAGCUCCGGUCAGCAGGCCUUCCUGUUGGAGGAGAGUGAGCAGAGUCCAGAUAUAUUCUCUCUGAGUGUGGGCAGUCUGCCUCCAGGAGAGAGCGCCUCCAUCAGGCUGGAGUACGUCACUGAGCUGGCUGUGCAGGCUGAUGACGGGCUCAGGUUUUGUCUGCCUGCUGUGCUUAACCCUCGCUACCAGCCUCAGGGGAGUGGAGGAAGUGAAGGUGGCAGUGUCCAGGUGACCUCUGUUCCAGCCUCUCUGGUGCCCUACAGUCUGUCUUUCUCUGCCCGAGUGUCCUCUCCUCGUCCAGUCUCUAAAGUAGAGUCCAACUGUUCCCUGGAGCCUCUCCAGUACCUCAACACAGAGCAAACUCAGGCCACGGUCAAAUUGGCUGCAGAACACAAGUUUGACAGAGAUGUUGAGCUACUGAUUUAUUACAAAGACGCCCACCAGCCCACUGCUGUGGUGGAGGCAGGACAGGCCUCUGCCAAGCCUGGCACUCUGAUGGGUGAUCCAGUGGUGAUGCUGAGCCUGUACCCAGAGUUUCCUCAGUCUGUGAUGUCUUCAGUCGCCUCAUGUGGAGAGUUUGUGUUCUUACUGGAUCGAUCUGGAAGUAUGUCAGGGGCACGUAUGAAGAGUGCCAAGGACACUCUGCUGCUCCUGUUGAAGAGCUUACCAGUGGGCUGCUAUUUCAACAUCUACAGUUUUGGGUCUAGCCAUGAACACAUCUUCCCUAAGAGUGUGGAGUACAGCCAAGAGACCAUGGAAAAGGCUCUGAAACAAGUUGAGCAAAUGACGGCUAAUCUGGGAGGAACAGAGAUCCUGAGGCCCCUGGAACAUAUUUUCAGCCAGUCCUGCAUUCCCAAUCAACCUAGACAACUAUUUGUCUUUACUGACGGAGAGGUGGGGAACACCAAAGAAGUCAUCAAUCUGGUGAAGAAGAAUUCAGGUUCUCACAGGUGUUUCUCUUUUGGGAUCGGGGAAGGGGCCAGCUCUGCUCUUAUCAACGGGUUGGCCAAGGAAGGAGGAGGUCACGCUCAGUUCAUCACAGAAAAAGACAGGAUGCAGCCAAAAGUGAUGCAAUCGCUGCGAUUCGCUCUGCAACCAGCUGUGGUGGACAUCUCAGUUGACUGGGAUGUGCCAAAGGAAGUCUCUGUCACUGUCCUCUCUCCACCAAUCACAGCACUUUUUCAUGGUCAAAGGUCACUGGUUUAUGCCCAGCUCACUGGACAGAGCUCAGAGGCAGCAGAGGGCUGUGUGACGGUUAAGUACAGCCUGGCAGGUCAUCCCUCUCAGAACCAGCUACGCUUCAGUCUCACACCUGCAGAGGACACUGGAUUAACAGUGCACAGGUUGGCUGCUCGGACUUUGAUCCGCUCCCUGGAGAUGGAGCAGGAAGAGCACAGAGGAGAGCAAGAUGAAGUGAAGAAGAAAGUGGUGGAGCUCAGUGUCCAAUCAGGAGUGAGCAGUGUCUUCACUGCCUUCAUCGCUGUCAACAAAGGUGAUGGUGAGGCAAUUCAAGGACCUUUGGUGCGCAGAAAUGUUCCAACACCCAUGAUGAGGUUCUGUGGUAUGUCUGCGCCUACAGCUAUGUGUCAUUUGGUGAGUUUGGAUCUUCAAGCAUGCUGUGAAAUGCCAGAGCCUGCUCUAAUGUCCAAUUGUGCAAAGAAAAGGCCUAAGAGUGCAAAGGGUGCCUUCUCUGGUUUGAAGAAUCUACGUGCUAAAAUAGGAAGCAAAGCUACCAUGCUCCAACCAUGCUCCCUGCAGCAACCAGAAAAACAGUCAAAGUCUUUGCCCGAGCAGCCACCCAGAGACCCUUUGCUGCAGCUGGUCUCCCUCCAGAAGGCGUCUGGCAGCUGGGAGCUGAAUGCGGAUUUGGCUGCUGUACUGGGAAAGACCAGUGAGGAAGUGAAAAAGCCAAAGCCUGAAUCGGUGAACCAGGAAGUGUGGGCCACCAUUCUGGCUCUGAUCUGGCUUCAUGGUUUCAAGAAGGAUGCUCAGGAUGAGUGGGAGCUUCUGGCUAUGAAGGCUGGGUCAUGGCUCCGUGCUCAGAAUGCACCAUGUGUGACAGAGUGUGUGGAAGCUGGAAAUGCACUGUUGGGCUUCAACGUGCAGAAAGACGCUCUGGGACUCUAGAACUGGAACUGAGAUUUUGAUGGAAGUUUUUUCUCUUUAGCGCUGGUGCACAGAAGCAAAUUAAUUCCUUCUUACAACCUUUACUUUAUCAACAUGGCACCAUACAGUCUGCCUAGUGACAAUAAGAUCCCAUUCUUCAAAGUUUUCCAUUUCCAUGCAGUGUUUCCCCUUUUAAUUUGCACCUAUAUUAAUAUUUUAAUGUUUUAAAAGUGAAUUAAGUAAAUUUAAACUUUAUUGUUAAA